UCUGGAUCCUUGGUAACCAACUGCGGCGCCUGGAGGCGGGACUUUGGAAAAUGAAUGGCGUAGGAUAUAACCAAUCAUAACUGAAGGUGGCUGCGGUGGCAUGGAGUCGGCUGCUAAGCAGCUUUUGAAGAAGUAAGAACGAGGCCUCCGGCAGUGCGAACCAGUAUUGGGUCCCUGUAGCCAGCGAAGAUGAUGUUGCUGACGAUGAUCGCCAGAGUGGCGGACGGGCUCCCGCUGGCCGCGUCGAUGCAGGAGGACGAACAGUCUGGCCGGGACCUUCAGCAGUAUCAGAGUCAGGCUAAGCAGCUCUUUCGAAAGUUGAAUGAACAGUCCCCUACAAGAUGUACCCUGGAAGCAGGAGCCUUGACUUUUCACUACAUUAUUGAGCAGGGAGUGUGUUAUUUGGUUUUGUGUGAAGCUGCCUUCCCUAAAAAGUUGGCUUUUGCCUACCUACAAGAUUUGCAUUCAGAAUUUGAUGAACAGCAUGGGAAGAAGGUGCCUACUGUGUCUAGACCUUAUUCUUUUAUUGAGUUUGAUACCUUCAUUCAGAAAACCAAGAAGCUCUACAUUGACAGUCGUGCCCGGAGAAACCUCGGCUCCAUCAACACUGAGUUGCAGGAUGUGCAGAGAAUCAUGGUUGCCAACAUUGAAGAGGUGCUGCAACGGGGAGAAGCGCUCUCAGCAUUGGAUUCAAAGGCUAACAAUUUGUCCAGUCUGUCCAAGAAGUACCGCCAGGAUGCGAAGUACUUGAACAUGCGUUCCACUUAUGCCAAACUUGCAGCUGUAGCUGUAUUUUUCAUUAUGUUAAUAGUGUAUGUGCGGUUCUGGUGGCUGUGAAGUAACAAAUACAGUUACUGGUAAGGGAGAACCUAGAACCUGGGAGAUGUAUGUUUUCAGGAAGCUGAGAUCACAGGGAUAUGUAUUAGAACCCAACUGUAACUUUUGCCUCCAAAGACCUUGAAAGAAAAGACACAUCCUGAAAAUGAAAGACCAUGCCUCAUUUAAUGAAGCUUAACCCUAUGUGGAAAGUCUCUUGGGGGCAGAAGCUUUCUCUGGGUGCUAAGCCUUAUAUGUUAGGGAACAGUAGAUUGUUUUGUUUUUUCCCUCCCAGAAAGAUUUUAAAACAGCACUGACUGGGGCAUUCUGAUCCCCUAAUAGAGCCAUCAAUGCCGUGUAAGGUAACCAACCUGUGCUAGCACCAUUCAGAAAUUCCUUCAAAGAAGGUAGCCCUGUGGGAAGUUUUUUGACUUUAAGUAACAUUCCUUUUGGUGGUGAGAUUUGUGAUUUUCAGUAAUCAGUUUUUGAUGGCCUUUCAAACCAGACUCCAAGUAUGUGAAGGUUAAUUGCUUUGCUGCACAGACCCUGUAUAUUGGCCCCUGGAGGAAGUAACCUUUUGUUGUUUUCCUUUUAUGAUAUUUCGCUUAUUUCCUAGUUGCUUUGGAGUUAAAUAAAUUAUGUUAAGAUGCUUUGAAAUUAUAUAGCACUCCUUGAUUAAGAAGCUGAAGUUUUGGGCCAGGGAUUUAGCUCAGUGGUGCCGCCGCCUGCCUCGCAAGCGCAGGGUCCCGAGUUCAGUCCUCCGUAUCAAAAAACAAAAAAAGAAGCUAAAGUUUUUUCUCAUUUACUCUUUGAACAAAGAGACUUAAAUUAGUUUGGGACAUUAUUAAAUUUAUUUCACAGUAUUUGGUUUGUAUUAAUAUAAUAGCAAGUAUAGCCUAGUGCAGCCAGAGGUCCAUGACUAAAUAAAAAGAAAGGCCCAGCUCAGAACUACAGUGUGUCACCCCUUAUUCACUUUGUUCACUGCAGUCUUCCCCACUCUUUAUUUUCCUUCUGCCACAGUUUGCUAACAUUUAAAAAAUUCCCAUGCCCAGUAGUUUCACAUCCCAUAAAUAUCCUCACGAUAUUCUCAAAUUUUAAAAUGGACAAUGUUCAGCUGUGUAGUUAUUUAGAUGUAAAACUUGCAGAUCUUCUACUCAAACUAAUGGCUUCAUUUAUCUAAGAAGUCUCUGAGAGCACUUCAUUCCUGUUUCAGUUUAUAUAAAUUCUCCAAGAAUGUUCUAGAGAUAACUCAUUUACAGUGGUUUGCACUAACUAAUAAAAGUACUUAUGAUUAUUUUCCUUUUUUGCUCAGGGAUAAUAGGACUUUCCAUUUACCUUCUGAGGUGGAGUUUUUUUUAAUGGAGAGAAUAGGUCUCUUGAAUGCUAUCACAUUGGUCUACAGUGUAUAUAACCUGUAACUCCUACACAUACCACAAAUAUUUCUUUAAAUUGUAUAAGGAAGAUGAGCCAACUUCUUAUUUCUGAACAUCUUUGGAAAGAUAACUAGUGGGCAACUUUAUGACCCAGAGGAAUAGGAAUCAUCAGAGCUGCAAUCCUGAUUCCUGGUAGGGAAAACAGUCUUAUUUCCUUAAAACAAGGCAAGUAGAAAUGCUUAUUUUAUUCCUUAUAAUUUACAAAACUAGAGUAAUUUUUUUCUUUCUAUUAUGGACCUAAAAUUUGCUCUUUGGACUUUUGUGCAUGAAAUCAGAGAUUACUUUUUGUAGAGAAUAAGUGCUUUUAAGUCCCUAAAAGGUUUAUUCCUUAAGUGAUGAUAUUGGCAGUAAAAGUUUUUGAAAGGCAGAGAACCUAAGUAGUGGCACCAUGGCAUCUGGUGCUUCUAGAGGAGUGAGGGUAGCAGCUCAUUGUUGGGAGUUGCAUGCUGCAGCCUGAUGGUCAGCAACGAAAUAAAUAUUUCUAGAAUGUUCCCUUCAGUGUGAAGUUCUGUUACUUAGUUUACUUAAGUAUGCGUAUCCUUUAUAAAUGCAUUUCUGCCUAAUUUCAAUGGGGUAAUUGAAAAGAGGUAGUUUAAAUGGUGAACAAGAGAGUGGUUUAAGAUCAGGGCACUAGAAAGAUUAGAGAAUAAAGCCAAUAGUACACCCCCUUCUGUUCUUAAUAGGAAAUGGCAAGACAGUCUAACUAGAUGAAAUAUAUCAGCAAACCAGACAUCUAGAAUAGAAGAUGAUAAGUACUAUACGAAGUUAUUAGAGGUACACUAAGAAAGGACACUCAUUUCUAUAGAAGGAGAAGAAUGGGCCAUUCUAGGCAGUAUCAGUGGUAUGUGUGAGGCAUAUGAAAAGAGUGAGGCACAUUUUGGGAAUGUAGCAGGUUGUUUCAGUUUAACUCAGGAUAAGCAGAAGUGACUGAAGAGACUGGAAAAACUGGACUGGCGUACUCUAAAGGGGUUUGUCUACCAAGCUAAGGUGAAGACUUAGAGCUUCCUCUAAUCAUUUGGCCAUAAUAUAAAAGAUGAAUUUGAAAGGGAUAAAUAAGAUUGAAAGUAGGGAGAUGAGCCAGGUUUGGUGGCACAUGCCUAUAAUACCAACAUUCAGGAGGCAGAGGCAGGAGGUGAGGCCAGCCUUAACUACAAUAGUGAGUUCAAGGCCAACCUCAACUAUAUAAUGAGACCCUAUCUCAAAAAGUAAAAAAGUAGGGAGAUGAAACUAAAGCCUUUAGACACAGAAUUAAGCAGGGCAGUUUCAAGUGGCUUUCAAGAAAGGACUGAUCAGAGGUACCAGAUUCUUUUUAGGAGCUUACUUCUGACACCUUCUGGAGUGUGUUCGCACUAUUAUGUGAAUAAAGAAACUCAAUGGCGAUAGAGCUCUGAGGCACAGGGAAGUUAAGGGAUUUGCCCAAAGUCACAGACCUAGGAGCCAAGAUUUGCACCUAGGCAGUUCGGCUCUGGUCUUUUUGUUUUUAACCACUAUACCAUGCAACCAAGCAAUCAAAUAAAAUGUGUACUAAAAAUAUAUUCUAAAUUUAGCAAGCAGAAACUGGAUCAUGCAGGCAGAAGUAAUUCUAGAGGGCUGGUAAUAGAAGCCAGAUCCAGUGGUAUCUGGAUCAUAAUUUAUUGGACCAUUAGAAUUGAAGACAGAAGCACUCGCACAAGGAGCUUUCCUGUUCUCGUGACACUGGACUUUAUGGCUUGUCUUAUGAGGACAUCUCACAAGUAUCAAAAUUUAGAAAUAUUUGGUACAUUGUACAUCAUUUGGUCAUUAAAAUGUCUAAUUUCUUAA